AUGGCUUCCCCUCAAGCAAAGGCCGACGCGGCCAAGGCGGCUCUAGCAUCGACUGCGACAUGCACAACUGCUACAGUUGUGACGCUCAAAGAAUUGCUGCUUCCUGAUACCGAAACCUCAUCUACUACCUCUCAAACGAACUCUCGAACUACUUCCCGAGCGGCGGCGCAAUCCAAGGCGAAGAAGACCACGGCGGCGCGAACAAAGUCCAGCGAGGAGCAACUCUCGGCCAAAGAUCGUGCUGCUCUUGCAACGAAUGUUAUUAACAUUGCGAUCAAAUCUCUUACCGAAGCUGCAAAGCCCGCGCCACCGUCCACACCGAGUAAACGACAGCCCUCCCAUGGCGACUUGCGAAAGGCUGCGGCGCCACGAACGUUGCGAAGAUCUCUAUCAGCGCCCCUAUCACCACUGCAUCCGAGAACCUUGAAUCGAGUCGCUACCUCACCGAACAUAUCCUCGAAAACAGCAUGUCAGCCAACAGCUCAGCCAACAGGUUGUUUGGCAACUGUUGAGUGUGCGCGAGUCGCCUUUGCCUGUCUCCGAUCGAUCAUGGGUCCCAUCCAGCCGACGCAAACCGACUUUCAACUCGAGAAUGGCAUGUCGGCGUUCAUUGGCAAACUUCUUGGUCUUGGAAUUCAGGAUCAAGCUCUUAAGGAGUUGAGGAUACUGAAGCGAAGGCUAGACACAUCAAGCAACAAGACAGCCAAGUCAGCAGCCGCCGAAGGACAAACAGCCUCCCAAGUCAUCGCCGAACUACUCGACUAUGAUGGAAUUGUGCCUGAUCACCUUCUCCCUGUUGUCACAGGAUGUCAGGUUCAGGUUCUCCGCUGGAUCUCUCAUUCCAAGAAGCCAGCCCAGAUUGAAGCAGCAUUGCCUUUCCUGGAGGAAACUCACGCUUCAUCCCCGAUCAAGUUGUUUGAAAGGAUGGGAACGCAAAACGAAAAGGAGACACAAAAGGCAGCUCGCCAGCUUGCAUCACUAUCACAGACUCUUCUAUCGCUGGCACCCAGCGUUUCCAGCAAAGAGGACCAGGUCGCGACAGAACCACGACUCAGCCCCACGCCCAUCUCAGCUUUCAAGCUCCAAGUGCUUUGUUUCAAGUCUCAACUACGGUGGUGGAAAAUGGCUGGUCAUAAGGGAAAUGUUGAUGACGAGGUUCUUUCACCGUUUGUUCGUUGUGUUCGAGCAUUGACACGACGACACACAUCCACAACCGGACCAAUUUAUGAGACAAUUGCUACCUCAUUCAACGAGCUCUUGGAGCUUGUUGAGGCUCAAGACUCAAAAGCCACGACCUCAUCCAACUCACCUCUGGCGUCGAUGUAUCAGCUCCUCGGAAUCGCAGCCCAAACCGACCGACAUUAUGAUUCAGCCUGCGAAUGGUUCCAGCUUCUCAAAGACAUGCUUGAUCCUGAACAUGAACCAGCAACUCGCAUAUUUUCGAUAUCAGCUCGUCUUCUCGCGGCAUCGUUGAAACAGGCCAAUUACGAUUCACAGACGGAGCAGCUCAUUCAUGAGGUUGUUGAAGGCCUGGAUGGUAGCUUGACAGGCAAUAUCACCGAACUUAACGACUUGUUAGAGAGCCUGUCACUUGCCAGGCGAUCGGCUGUUGGGCUUCUCGUGAGCAGGGUCAACGAGCCCAAAACGGAGAACCCAGCAUUGGAGUCUAUUUUGGGGCCUUUAAAGACAUUCAUCAUGCGAUUUCCUCGAUUCAGUCGCCGCUGGCUAGGCUCUAUCCCUGGAAAAGAGGCGACCGCCAAGAUUCUCCUGCAAUUCGAUCAACGGCGACAAGUGCUGAUGCAGACCAUCAACCAGAUCCUUGACGGUGCGCUGAUGGUGCUCAACGGUGAUAUUCAGUCCGGUUCGACAACUUGGAAAUCCAUGGACGAAGUGCUAUGGGAUUGCAACAAGCUUGUAGAAUCUAUCCUCGACCCGACUAUCUCAGUUGCACGAACCGAACAGCUCAACACUUACUUUAUCAAGAUCUCGAGCCUCUACUUCGCCAGAUACAACCAGCUACGAAAAGAUGUCGGCAAGUCCAAGCAAAUCAAUAAAGAGGUUCUCCAGUCUCUUAGCCGUUCUAUCGAGAUGAUUCAGGAUCGACCCAUGGCUCAACAAGAAAAGGCCCAGAUAUCGACAAAGCUAGAGCUCUUUGCAGAUCUCUGCAAGUCGGCCAACCGCAGCAGUGAUGCUAUUCGCACUCUGAGGUCCAUCUGCACCAACAUGAUUGAGGAGGGUGCCUUGGUCAAGGUGACAGCUGCACUUGACUCUCAACCUCCGAGCCUCGCAUGGAACGCUGAUGAAAAGGCCGAAACUUUGUCUCGGACACUGCGGUCAAUUGCCAAGCUUGAUCACUCGUGGAACGAUUGGGCCUUCUUCCUGCCAGAGGGCGAACGUGCUGCUGUGUUGGAACACUUGAUGCAAAUCGUUGGAGAAGCGGGUGCUCAUGGACAGCCUCUCAAGCUCCAUGAUGCUUCCGUUCAAGCCCUUUUGCGAAUCUAUACACUUGACCGUUUCCCCAUUCGAAGACUUCGAGUGCUCCUUCAACUGCUCUUCCAGAACAUCGGAGAGGAAAACGACAUGGAGGAGAUCAGAAACAUGGUUGAUGAAGCAGCGCAGUUGCUGGAUGGCAAGACGCUCGGUGAAGACGCCGCCUUGACCCGAUAUAUCCCACAUCUUCAGGCCUAUCAGAAGUCUGUCUUGGCUUUGGCCGUGACUGACGAAAAAUUUCCCGUCUCUGUUAUGGCUGAGGCUAUCUCUUGCUGGAAAUCCAUGACCGAAACCUGCAGUUCAAGGGCUGACCUUUACGAGCGCAUCGAUAACCCCGACGGUCUUGUCGCUCACCUCCAGUCGGCCAGCCAGUUUGCCAGUCUCCGAGGCGAGAACAGUCUUCAGCUUGCCAUCCUCGAACUAUCGACGCCUCUCUCUAAGAUUCUAGCAGAACCGACAUAUAACAACGUAAUCCUUAAUCACACUCUUCUGGCAUCUCAACAUCUCAACAUUGGCCACUUCUCUGAGGCCAAGAAGACGCUCGAAGCAACCAAGCAGCUUCUUGAUCAAGCAGAGGGGGCAUCUCGUGGUCUCGUUGCAGGGUUUCACCUCACCCAGGCCGAGUAUUAUUCUGGUAUCGUCUCAUCUUGGGCUCUGUCAAAGUCUCAAGUCAACAUGUCCCUCGCUCUCAGCUCAUUCCUCGACUCCGUCUUAGCGUUGAAGCAAGGCAGAGUUCAAGAAGCUCUCACUUGCAUCAAGUCCAGUGUUCGGAUUCUCUCGCAUGACUGGUCCAAGAUUGAGACAUCUUCAUCCAGAGCCACCAGCCCAAGUGAUCUCAACGCUUCCAUUGCCAGCAUCGAUAGUGUCAAGGCAGGCUCCAAGCUUGGUCAGAUCAUCGGUCCCCGGUUCUGGGCUCUUGCCUUUCCCCUUCUACGCGGUCUCUUGCAUAUUUCUUCAGUAUAUGCUCAUCUAGGCAUGUUCCAGGAGACCAUCUACUACGCAGAAUCGGCCCAAAAAAUCGCCGAGAGCACCGGUUCGCCCAUGUACCGAGCUCAGGUGCUUGCUUGGACAGGCUCCAUCUAUCAUCGUGCCGGGAAACUCACCAAGGCAGUCGAUUUUGGCAGCGAAGCUUUUGAGGAGCUACCUCAGGACAUCUGUGCCUCUCGAGUUGAAGUUGCUUGUCAAUUGAGUGAUCUAUAUCGAGAUAUGGGUGAUGAGGCCAAGGCGCGAGAACUGCUUCAGCUGGCGGAGGAAACCGCUCAGCGCCUAGGAGAUCAUGGAAAGGUGUUGAAGAUUCAAAACGAGACCAAGAAGGCUGCAGCAUCAACAACUCGAACGCGAGCUGCCGCUGCAACACGGACAACAAGAGCUACGACGAGAACGACAAGAGCCAAGACUGCUGCAACUCCCGCUCCACGAACUCGAAAGCGGGAGCCCGCUGUUAAGGCUCAGCCAACUUCAACAGCAGAGGUGUUGAAGCUUCCCAACGAUGUAUACCAGGCGUCUCUCAUGGCUUCUGUCAUUCUGUCAAGAGCCUUGGGUUUCAUCAACCAGAAGGACUGGACAUCGGCAUUGUCAACCUUGGAAUCUGCAAAGGAGCUUCCUAAGCUCUUUGGCACCCUCUCCCAAGAACAAGUGGUGACGGCCAUCUCUCUCAUCGGUCACAGUAUGGAGCAGAUGAUCCAUGAUCCAGUCUUCUCUGUCAUCCAGGACUCGACCAUCUCCUUCCCAGCCAUCGCUUCAUCGGACAAGAGUGCCUCUGGGAGACUAUCUCUAAGCCAGACACCUCCUCGUAAGGGCCGUACCACGACAGCAGCCACAGAGCGAAAGGGGUCCAAGGACCGUGGCGUGCCCGCGUUUGCGGAUGCGUUAAGGCAAGCUCAGGAGCUUCUUCUGGAAGCUCAUGCUUCCACGUUGUCAACUGCUAACAGCACCAUGGUUCAUCGAAUCUCAGCCCUGUUGCAAAACACGGUCAUUCUUCUCUCAGCUACCUCCACAACGCAGUCCAAGGUCACCGCCGGAUCAGGGUUUGCCACUUUCUCAGUUGACUUGGCUCGCAAUGUCACCUGGAAGCGCGAGCAAAGCACUCUCCAAACAAAAGAAGUAGCCCAGGCUCAGGCUCGUUCGACUGAUUUUGGCUCUUCCAGACGAGCCAGCCUCGGCCUCACAACGGAAAUGGCCAAGUUCCAGAAGAACUACAUCGAGUUGGUUCCUCACAACUGGAGUGUGAUUUCGGUUUCUCUCAGCGAUAAUCAUCAUGACCUAUGCAUCACCAAGUUCCAGGCAGGCCACAGCCCCUUCAUCCUUCGGCUUCCUCUAGAGCGAGCCAAUUCACGAGAUGCGGACUCGGAGGUUUUCAACUUUGAACAUGGAAGAGAGGAGAUGUUAGAGAUUAUUCGACUUGCCAACGAGACAAGUCACUCUGCUAGCCGUGACUUCAGCGCCAAGGGAGCCAAGUCUGCUUGGUGGGCUGAGCGAGAGGCUCUAGACGAACGACUGAGGGACCUCCUGAGCACCAUCGAAACGACCUGGUUGGGCGGCUUCAAGGGUAUCUUUUCGCAGCACGAGCGACGACCUGACCUUCUUGCACGUUUCCAAAAGAGCUUUCAGCAGAUCCUCGAUGCCAGUCUGCCCUCUCGAAACCGAGUGCGAGGAAAGAAGGCAACCAAGACAUCCAAGGUCUCUCUGGAUCCUCGCAUUCUUGACUUGUUCAUUGGUCUAGGUGAUCCCUCGGAUCCUGACAGCGACUUUGACGAGGCGCUUAACGAUUUGCUCUACUUUGUCGUGGACAUUCUCCAAUUCCACGGAGAACGCAACGCAUAUGAUGAAAUCGACUUUGAUGCCAUGGUGGUGGAGACAUAUGAUGCUCUUCGCGGAUACUACAACGCUGCUAAGACGGGCUCAGAGAGGGCAGACGAUGCCCACACGGUUCUGGUACUGGACAAGGCUCUUCAUGCUUUCCCCUGGGAGUCAAUGCCAUGCAUGGAAGGUCUUGCAGUCUCCCGCGUCCCUUCGCUGGCCUGCUUGAGACAGCUCAUUCUAGAGUCACAGCCAUCAAACAGGGGAAACGAGGUGGAUGAGGAUACGCCCGAGGGUCACUAUGUCUCGGCGGAGCGAGGCACCUACAUCCUGAACCCAUCGACCGAUCUCGUCAAUACGCAGUCUACUUUCAAGCCAUCUCUCGAGAAAUUCUCAACUUGGAAGGGUAUCGUCAACCGUGCCCCUCAGGAGGAUGAGUUCGAACAGGCUCUGUCAAACUCGGAGAUUCUACUCUACUUUGGUCAUGGGAGCGGUGCCCAAUAUGUCCGAGCUAGGACUAUCCGCCGUUUGCAGAAGUGCAAGCCAGCUACAUUCUUGAUGGGUUGCAGCUCAGCUUCACUGUCGGAAGCUGGCGAGUUUGAGUGCUAUGGCCCAGUGUGGAACUACAUGAUGGCAGGCUGCCCUGCCGUUGUGGGCACUCUCUGGGAUGUGACAGACAGAGACAUUGAUCGGUUUGCCGGUCGAUCAUUCGAGGAGUGGGGACUGUUCCCCAAAGGCACGUUCAAGGAGUCUAAGCGAUCCAAGGGCAAAGCCAAGGCGUUGAGCGAGGAGGACAUCGACGACGCGGAGGGAGACGAGCAGGUGACGCGGAACGUGUCACUGGCGGAGGCGGUUGCGCGGUCCAGAGGGGCGUGCAAGUUCAAGUACUUGAACGCUGCAGCGGUGGUACUGUACGGAAUCCCGGUGUACAUCAAGCACAAGGGGGCCGAGUGA